GGGGCCGGGGCCGGGAGCGUUUCGGGACCGGCGGGGGCCGGGGCCGUGCCAGGCCAUGGCGAGCUCGGAGCGGAGCGCGCUGCUCACGUACCGCCUGUGCGGCGGCUCCGGCGAGGAGGAGCGGGGCCGGGAGCGCGGCCGGGCCACCGCCGCCGCCGCCGCCGCCCCCCGCAAGCUGCCCACCUUCCUGGGCGUCGUGGUGCCCACGCUGCUCUCCAUGUUCAGCGUCGUCCUCUUCCUGCGCCUCGGGUUUGUGGUGGGCCAUGCCGGGUUGUACCAAGCUCUGGCCAUGUUCGCGGUGGCAUACUUCAUCAUCGGCAUGACGGUGCUGUCUGUGUGUGCCAUUGCCACCAACGGGGCGCUGGAUGCCGGCGGAGCCUACUACAUGAUCAGCCGUGCCCUGGGCCCGGAGUUUGGGGGCAGCAUCGGGAUCAUGUUUUUCCUGGCCAAUGUGUGUGGCAGUGCCCUCUACGUGCUGGGGCUGGUGGAGGCGGUGGUGGACAGCUUUGGGAUCCCCCCUGGGCAAAAAGCGGGCACAGGCAUCCACGUCCUGCCCCAGAGCUACUGGUACGAGCUGCUCUACGGUACCGUGCUGCUGGCCCUCUGCCUCCUCGUGUGCCUUGUGGGUGCCUCCAUCUACGCCAAGGCCACCUUCCUCAUCUUCCUCAUCGUCGCAGGCGUCCUGGGCACCAUCCUUGUCAGCUUCUUCGCCACGCGGCCCAUCGGGGUGCCCAUCCGCCUGCCCCACUUCAAUGGCUCCGAGACUGAGAAUGGCUCCUUCACGGGCUUCUCCCUCACCACCCUGCGAGAAAACCUGGGGGGUGGGUACGGGGUGGACUACACCACCGGGCAGAUGAUGAGCUUCAGCUCUGUCUUCGCAGUGAUGUUCAAUGGCUGCACUGGCAUCAUGGCAGGCUCCAACAUGUCAGGGGACCUGAAGCGCCCAAGCUACUCCAUCCCACGGGGCACCAUCUCCGCCGUGCUCUUCACCUACCUCGUCUACAACCUGCUGGCUUUCCUCAUGUGUGCCACCUGCAACAGGACUCUCCUGCAGAAAGACUACGGCUUCUUGCGUGACAUCAGUAUCUUCCCACCUCUGGUCACUGUGGGCAUCUAUGCUGCCACCCUCUCCGCAGCCAUGAGCAACCUCAUCGGGGCAUCCCGCAUCCUUUAUGCUCUGGCCCGGGAUGAUCUCUUUGGCCGGGCGCUGGCGCUGGCCAAGAAGACAUCUGCCAGCGGGAACCCAGUGAUGGCGGUGAUCCUCUCCUGGCUGGUGGUGCAGCUGGUGCUUUUCUCUGGGAAGCUCAACACCAUCGCGGGGGUCGUGACCACCUUCUUCCUCCUGGUUUAUGCCACUGUCAACCUGGCCUGCCUUGCACUGGAGUGGGCAUCGGCCCCCAACUUCAGGCCCACCUUCCGGUACUUCACCUGGCACACGUGCCUGCUGGGCAUCGCGGGCUGCUGCGUCAUGAUGUUCCUCAUCAGCCCCGUGUCAGCCUCGGCAAGUCUGGGCUUCCUCCUCGUCCUCCUCCUUGCCCUCCACUACCUCUCGCCCAGCAGCACCUGGGGCUACAUCAGCCAGGCCCUCAUCUUCCACCAGGUGCGGAAGUACCUGCUGAUGCUGGAUGUGCGGAAAGACCACGUCAAGUUCUGGCGCCCGCAGAUGCUGCUGAUGGUGCAGAACCCACGGGGCAGCGCCCGCCUCAUUGACUUCGUCAAUGACCUCAAGAAGAGCGGCCUCUACGUCCUGGGCCAUGUCGAGCUGCAGGACUUGGACGCGCUGCCCUCGGACCCACUGCAGCCCCAGCAGGACUCAUGGCUGAGCUUGGUGGACAAGCUGAACGUCAAGGCCUUCAUCAGCCUCACCCUUGCGCCCUCGGUGCGGCAUGGCGUCCGGCAGCUCCUCUUCACCUCUGGCCUUGGCGGGAUGCGCCCCAACACCCUGGUGCUGGGCUUCUAUGAUGACGCGGCACCGCAGGACGGUCUAGCCCGGCACCCCGCCUUCACCAGCGCCCGCGAGGAGGUCCCCCUGGGCUUCCCCCCUCUGCGGGCGCCCGCCGACCCCAAGCUGCUGUCAGCCCGGGAGUACGUAGGCAUCGUGGCUGACGCCCUGAAGAUGCUUCGUAACGUCCUGCUGGCCCGGCAGCUGGAGAGCCUGGACAAGGCCUGGGAGCUGCGGCGGGCCGCCAGCCCCCCGCCCGCCAUCCACGUCUGGCCCGUCAAUCUGCUGCGGCCCGACAGCGCCCGCUACGCCGACACCUGCAGCCUCUUCCUGCUGCAGAUGGCCUGCGUCCUCAACAUGGCGCGGGCCUGGCGCCGGGCCCGCCUGCGCCUCUUCCUCUGCGUGGAGGCGGGUGCCAUGCCCCACGCCCAGGAGGAGAAGCUGCGCCAGCUCCUCAAAGACUUGCGCAUCCAGGCCCAGAUCCAGCUGGUGCCCUGGGACGCCGUCACCCGCCUGCACUGGCAAACCCGCCGGGGACCCCCGGGGGGGCCGGCACCCGCCGGGGAGGAGGAAGAAGAGGAAGGGGCCGUGAACUUCCCGGCCAACGCCACCCAAGUGUCCGAUGAGUACGUCUGUGCCGCCAACAAACUCGUCCUGGAGCAGAGCCCCGCGCCGGCCGUGCGCUUCCUCUACCUGCCGCGGCCGCCGGCUGACACCAGCCUCUACCCGCUCUACCUGCGCCAACUGGAGCUGCUCACCCGCGGGCUGGGCCCCACCGUGCUGGUGCACGGGGUGAGUGCCGUCACCAGCACCCAGCUCUAGGUCACCCCACCGGGUCCCCCCCCCCGGCUCCCUGCACCCUCCUUCGCCCAGUGCCUUUAGCAGCCCCAGCCUGGGGCUGUCGCCAGCCCCGGUGUCCCCACCCUGGUGCGUAGGGAGGGGUCGGUGCCCCACGCUGGGAGGUGGGUGCAGGGGGAAGGGGGUUGUUUUUCGGGGGGGUGGGGUAUCUCCUGCGGAGGAUUAAAGAUGCCCUGGCGGGAUCCAGGCCUAGCCCUGGCGCUGGCCAGGCAGCGCAGUGCAUUCACGGUGCCUUUUCUUUGAGGGGGUGGUGGGGGAUAGCGGGGUCCCAGGGGGUGCCAAGCACUGGGUGCCCUAGCUGGCUGCUGGGAACCCCUUGGCUGCACCCUCCAUCUCCCCUCCCUGUGCUUCCCCCCUCCUGCAGCCCCCACCCUCUCCUCCGCCAGCUCCUCCAGGCACCCAGCCAGCAGCGGGGAUUGAUUAAAGGCAGCCUCGACCUUGGUGCCCCAGCUCCCCGCCAUCCUCCCUGCCUUUCAUUAGGAAAAAUUAAAUGGGAAGGGGUGGGGGAGGGGAGCCCGGACGACUGGGUUCCCUGCGUGAGGCUGGGUGGUGGUGGGGGAGCAGCCGGGUGCUCGCCCUCGUGGCUACAGGGUAUGGUACCCCAGAUCUUGCUCAGCACCCCUAGUGCUGCUGGGUGGAGGCACUGGAUGCUUUAAUCUGUAGCCCCCCCCCCCCCCCCCGCCGGGGUCUGAGUCCCUGGUCCUGGCAGGGAGGGGAGAAAUGAUUUGGGGGGGGGGGGGUGGCCUCGCCCUGAUACCUGCAUCCCCUGGCCUUGUGCUGGGACCUGUCUCAUGGGGUACUGCUGCCUCCCCUCACCCAUCGUGACCUGCGCGGGGGAGCUGGCGUUGCCCCCUGCCCCCUCCUUAUUGAUUAGAGGAGGGCAGGAAAUUGCCUGGGCGCUGGACGAUAAAUCCAUUGGGUGCCUGGCAGGCGGGCAGCGUGCCCAGGCGCUGCCUGAUGGAUCGCUUCCUAUUAACCCCAGCACGGGGGGGGCUGCUCUGGGUCAGGCUGGGCUCCAGUGGGGGGGGACAAUUGUGGCACUGCUGCCUGCACCCACUCUCACCAACCCUGGCACUGCCAGCUGGCAGCUCUGCUUGGCCAGAGGGCUGGAAAAACCCAGGUGGCUGGGUGCUGCUGGGGGGAAGAAAUGGGGGGGCCCCCCCCUUGCUCCCCACAUUUUGCAGUGGAUUGUGCCCAAAUUUGUGCCCAAAUCCCCACCCCAGCGGGUGGGCAGGGGGCUGGGGCUGGCUUUGCUCACUGCCGUGGGAGGUGGGUGCCCCGGGGUGGGCACUGCGUGGCCCGCGGGGUUUAUUUACAAACAGGCGGGAGCUGGCACAGGGCAGCCGGGCACCACUGGGACCCGGCGGCCUAUAAUGUUAAUUAUCACCACGUAAUUAAAAGCCCAUAAAAAGCCUCACACUUCAUUAAAUUAAAGCUUCCCCGCACUGUGCCAACGGGCUCCAGCAGAGUUAACCUUGGCCGUGCCAGGCACCAGCUCCACUGCAGCUGGGGGCCCACGACUGGGAGUAUAUGGGACCCAAGGCUGGGGGCGUACAGCCCCCCAUGGCGUUGUAGGGGGGUUCAGCAUUGCACAUGCAUGGGCACCCCCCCCAACACCAUGCAUCACCCCUGGGCCACGUGUGCCUGGGCGCACAUGGGGAGCGCACCCGGCUGGACACACGGUGUCACACGCACACGGGGAUGCUGUCCCGCUCGGAGAUGCCCACAUCACAUGGACACGUGUGCCCAUGCCACCCCUCCAGACACGCCAUCACACACACUGGGACAUGGGCAGGGGGCUGACACAGGUGCACACCCAGCUGUGCGCGUACAGCGUGCAUGGCUGCUGCAAAGGUAGCACCGCACGCCGGCACAGCAGCUCUGGCACACCGGCUCCGGCGCGCAACACCCACGCAGCGCACACCUACACAAACAGCAUUUCUUCCUCCCUCUAACAUACAGACAGGCAGACAAACAGACAAACACCCUGCGUCUUCUCCAGGCUCCCACCCGUCACUGCGGGUGCCUGGGGAGGUGAUAGGCUGCGUGGAGAGCACCCAUCUGUGCCUGCCCCUCUGUGCCUCAGUUUCCCCAUGGGCUGGGCUGGGGCAGGGGAAAGGGGUGCAUGGGAGACCCCCAAACCCUCCUGGUGGCUGGGUGCCCUGGAUCAGGGGUGCUGUGUCUGGGGGGAUACCGGGGGGGGGGGGGGGGGGGCAGCACACAAGGAGGGGCACGUAUGCACGGAGGGAGUGUGUAUGCGUUAAGGGGGAUAUGCAUGGACUAGGAAUGUGCGUGUGCAUGCAUGCACAGAAGGGGGUGCUGUGCUGGGGGGGCUGUAUAUGUGCACAAGGGCGUGUGUACAUGUUCACAAGGGGUGUCUAUAGGUGCACAUGCAUUGGGGUGUAUAUAUACCCACCCCUAGAUGUGACGUACUGAUGUGCACACAGGGCUCAAGAAGGGGGGGGGCAGGGGAGCACACACACCUGUGAACACAGGGUGUGCAAACUGGCACAUGUGUGUGCCUAGUACCCCCGGGCACUGCUGCCAAGCAGGGCUGUGGGCAGGGGCCAGCCAGGGGGCUGUGGGGUGCAGGGGCUGGCCGGGGGGUUAGGGGGGCAGGCACCAGCGGGUGCCUGUGCCCCAGCCCCGCGGGGGUGGGCAGCCAACGGAGCCUCGGCUAUUUCUUGGAAAUUUCGCAGCAUUCAUUUCAGUGCAAAUAAAAGCUGUCAUUGCCGGAGAAAUGAUACUGA